AUGGCAGACCUAGUAUCUGGUAUCGCAAAGCUCAAUCCCUUCUCCAAGAAAGUCAUCGAUGAUGAAGACGAGGGUGAGGCCAUCGACGCAGGAACUGUGGCAGGCGGCGGCCACGCAUUGCGAGAAGCCCAGGUCACCAAAGACCAGCUCCGUAUCAGCCCAGCAUUACAACACUAUAUUUCCGAGAACGGUGUUUUGCUAAGACCGGAGUCCGGCUCAGAAUCAGAAUGGAACAGUGCGUUGCGCGAAUUGCUCAGCAAAAAUCAUGUCAACAUCCCUCGAGAACUCAUCGACAGAAACCAUCCACUUCCAGAAUACUUCAUCAGUUCGUCGCACAACACGUACUUAAUGGCCCACCAACUCUACGGAGAGUCGCACGCAGAAGCAUAUGAAAUCGCCCUUCACACUGGAUCGCGUUGCGUCGAGAUUGAUGCUUGGGACAAUGACGAAAACAAGGACGAGCCAAAGGUUACCCAUGGCUACACGCUCGUGUCCAACAUUCCUUUCCGCCAAGUAUGCGAGACAAUUCGCGACGUUGUCGACAAGGAAUCCGCAAAUGAGGAGAAUGCUGCGCCUAUCCUAAUCUCUCUGGAGAACCACUGCGAUGCUCAUGGCCAGCUCCGUCUAGUGCAAAUCUUCGAAGAGGUCCUUGGCCCCCGGCUUCUCAGUCAAGAGGUGCGGGACAAAGGCAAGCGCGAGCAAAACGACCCCAGCAAGCACGAGCAUGUUACCCUUGCCGAGCUUGGGAAUAAGGUGGCCGUGAUUGUCGAAUAUCACCUACCCAACGAACCGGAGACCAGCAGCAGCGAGUCGAGUUCUGACGAAGAGCACAAGCAAGCCCACGAUGCAUAUGUCGAGAAGAAAAAGACCGCCAAUGCUGGUGUAAUCAUCCCAGAGCUAGCUAGCCUGGGGGUAUAUGCGCAGUCUGUUAAGCCCGUCAACAACUCAUGGUUUGAAGGCGAGCUUGAAAAUGCGCCUCACCACCAGCUCAUCAACGUCUCUGAAACUGGUCUUCAAAGCCACCUGCCAACCCACAGUGCAAAAAUUGCUCGUCACAACGCUCACCACCUGAUGCGCGUAUACCCCAAAGGCACCCGAAUUUCGUCUAAGAACCUAGCUCCCGUUCCAUUUUGGAGUAUCGGCGCGCAAAUCUGCGCACUCAACUGGCAAACCUUCGGCGGGAGCUCACAAAUCAAUGAAGCGCUCUUCGCUGGAUCAGCCGGAUAUGUUCUCAAGCCUGCUGCUCUACGCGCUGGUGGUUCCGGGAACCUGAGCACUGGCAGGCGGAAAAAGCUUCGCCUCCACGUCGCUGGCGCAACUGACAUUCCUCUCCCUCAAGGCCGUGACACCAACGAUAUCAAGCCCUACUUCACGUGCACGCUUGUCCAUCCCAACGACCUCAACAACAUGCCGCCGAAGCGCAAGACUGCCGUCUACAAACCCCACAAACUGACUGGCUUCAUGCACAAAGACAAUUCACCCGCCACAGACCCCAUGUGGAAAGAAGUGCUGGAAUGGGAGUAUGACGACAACGAGUUGGUUUUCCUGCGCAUGUUAAUCAAGAGCGACGACAGCUUCUCACGCAAUCCAAUCUUUGCUGUCGCAGCAGUGCGACUGUCGUACGUUGCGCAGGGAUGGGUUUUCGUCCGCAUGUUGGAUCUGGGUGGCCACGAAACCAAAUGCACCGUGCUUGUCAACUUUGAGUUUUCAGACGUGUAGAAGCUGGCUGGGAUGAGUGAAGGGAUAGCAGGGCGAAUGAAGUAAUGGCUAGGGCGACUGGGGAGGAGGAUCAUUGUGCAGAUGUACAUAGUACAUGCUAUGUAUUCCGGCGACUGAUUUCUCCGUUUCGAAUUAAU